AUGGCGAGGGGUGUGCUUGGUGGGGGCGGGGGCGCCGUACUAGGUGCGUUUCCCGGCACCACCUUGCCCCACACCCCAGGAGGCUGGCCCCAGCUCUCUUUUGCUGCUGAGCAGUUUAUGUUUGGAGGGAGCCGGUGUGAUUGCUCCGGCAGCACGGCCAGGAGAGGAGCCCCGGCGGAAGAGGUGGCGGCUGUGGCCAGUGGCGCGGCAGGAGGUGACGACGGGGGAGCUUCCGGGCGCCCCCAGCCCAAAGCGCAGCCUGGGCACCGAAGCUACAACCUGCAGGAGAGGAGGCGUAUUGGAAGCAUGACUGGGGCUGAGCAGGCUCUGCUGCCCCGAGUCCCCACAGACGAGAGUGAGGCCCAGACGCUGGCCACCGCUGACCUAGACCUCAUGAAGAGCCACCGGUUCGAGGACGUUCCUGGAGUGCGUCGGCACUUGGUGCGGAAGAAUGCCAAAGGGUCUGGGCAGGGUGGCCGGGAAGGGCGAGAGCCUGGCCCCACGCCUCGGACCCGGCCCCGGGCUCCCCACAAGCCUCACGAGCCGCCCCCCGCCCUCGCCCCAGCAAUAAUUUCAAACUCCGGGACUGCCACCUGUAGUUGGGCUGUGCUUCUGGACCUGGACCAGCAGACCCUGCCUGGGGUGGCCCACCAGGUGGUGGAGCAGAUGGUCAUCUCUGACCAGAUCAAGGCUGAAGACAGAGCCAACGUGCUGCGGGCCCUGCUGCUGAAACACAGCCACCCGAGUGAUGAGAAGGACUUCUCCUUCCCUCGAAACAUCUCAGCCGGCUCCCUGGGCUCCCUGCUAGGGCAUCACCACGGCCAGGGGGCCGAGAGCGACCCCCAUGUCACUGAGCCUCUCAUCGGAGGCGUCCCCGAGACUCGGCUAGAGGUGGAACGAGAGCGGGAGCUGCCACCUCCAGCCCCGCCAGCCGGCAUCACUCGCUCCAAGUCCAAGCACGAACUGAAGCUCCUGGAGAAGAUCCCCGAGAACGCCGAGGCCACGGUGGUCCUUGUGGGCUGCGUGGAGUUCCUCUCCCGCCCCACCAUGGCCUUCGUGCGGCUGCGGGAGGCCGUGGAGCUGGACGCGGUGCUGGAGGUACCUGUGCCCGUGCGCUUCCUCUUCCUGCUUCUGGGCCCGAGCAGCGCCAACAUGGACUACCACGAGAUCGGCCGUUCUAUCUCUACCCUCAUGUCCGACAAGCAAUUCCACGAGGCAGCCUACCUGGCAGACGAGCGGGAGGACCUGCUGACCGCCAUCAACGCCUUCCUGGAUUGCAGCGUGGUGCUGCCGCCCUCGGAGGUGCAGGGCGAGGAGCUGCUGCGAUCCGUUGCUCACUUCCAACGCCAGAUGCUCAAGAAGCGAGAGGAGCAGGGCCGGCUGUUGCCCACGGGGGCGGGACUGGAGCCCAAGUCGGCCCAAGAUAAGGCGCUCCUGCAGAUGGUAGAGGCGACAGGCGCAGUCGAAGACGAUCCCCUCCGGCGGACGGGCCGGCCCUUUGGGGGCCUGAUCCGGGACGUGCGGCGCCGCUAUCCCCACUACCUGAGUGACUUCCGAGAUGCGCUUGACCCCCAGUGCCUGGCCGCCGUCAUCUUCAUCUACUUCGCGGCCCUGUCCCCUGCCAUCACCUUCGGGGGGCUGCUGGGAGAGAAAACUCAGGACCUGAUUGGGGUGUCAGAGCUGAUCAUGUCCACGGCGCUCCAGGGUGUGAUCUUCUGCCUGCUGGGGGCCCAGCCACUGCUGGUGAUCGGCUUUUCCGGGCCCCUGCUGGUGUUUGAGGAGGCCUUCUUCUCGUUCUGCAGGAGCAACAACCUGGAGUACCUGGUGGGCCGCGUGUGGAUCGGCUUCUGGCUGGUGCUCCUGGCCCUGCUCAUGGUGGCCCUGGAGGGGAGCUUCCUGGUGCGCUUUGUCUCCCGGUUCACCCAGGAGAUCUUUGCCUUCCUCAUCUCCCUCAUCUUCAUCUACGAGACCUUCUACAAGCUGAUUAAGAUCUUCCAGGAACACCCCCUCCACGGCUGCUCCGUCUCCAAUAGCUCUGAGGCAGACAGCGGCGAGAACACCACGUGGCACAGGGCAGGAGCCACGCUGGGGCCGGGGAAUGGGAGCUCAUCUGUGCCAGCCGGGCAGGGGAGGCCCCGGGGCCAGCCCAACACGGCCCUGCUGUCGCUGGUGCUCAUGGCCGGCACCUUCUUUAUCGCUUUCUUCCUGCGCAAAUUCAAGAACAGCCGGUUCUUCCCUGGCCGGGUGCGGCGGGUGAUUGGCGACUUUGGGGUGCCCAUCGCGAUCCUCAUCAUGGUGCUUGUGGAUUACAGUAUUGAGGACACCUAUACCCAGAAGCUGAGCGUGCCCAGUGGAUUCUCCGUGACAGCCCCAGAAAAGCGGGGCUGGGUCAUCAACCCUCUGGGGGAGAACAGCUCCUUCCCCGUGUGGAUGAUGGUUGCCAGCCUGCUGCCCGCCAUCUUGGUCUUCAUCCUCAUUUUCAUGGAGACUCAGAUCACCACGCUGAUCAUCUCCAAGAAGGAGCGGAUGCUGCAGAAGGGCUCCGGCUUCCACCUGGACCUGCUGCUUAUCGUGGCCAUGGGAGGCAUCUGUGCCCUCUUCGGCCUGCCCUGGCUGGCUGCCGCCACUGUCCGCUCCGUCACCCACGCCAACGCGCUCACCGUCAUGAGCAAGGCCGUGGCGCCUGGGGACAAGCCCAAGAUCCAGGAGGUCAAGGAGCAGCGGGUAACAGGGCUGCUGGUCGCCCUGCUUGUGGGCCUCUCCUUGGUUAUUGGGGACCUGCUCCGGCAGAUCCCCUUGGCUGUGCUCUUUGGAAUUUUUCUGUACAUGGGAGUUACCUCCCUUAACGGGAUCCAGUUCUACGAGCGGCUGCACCUGCUGCUCAUGCCCCCCAAACACCACCCAGAUGUGACCUACGUCAAGAAGGUUCGGACCCUCCGUAUGCACCUGUUCACAGCCCUGCAGCUGCUCUGCUUGGCCUUGCUCUGGGCGGUCAUGUCCACAGCCGCCUCCCUGGCCUUCCCCUUCAUCCUCAUCCUCACAGUGCCGCUCCGCAUGGUGGUGCUCACCCGAAUCUUCACCGAGCGAGAGAUGAAAUGUCUGGAUGCUAAUGAGGCGGAGCCAGUGUUCGAUGAGCGGGAGGGUGUGGACGAGUACAAUGAGAUGCCCAUGCCUGUGUAG